GCUCCACCAUUAUGCUUCAUAUUGUACUAUAGUUAUAGUUCCCGAGCAAUAUUACCCCCACCAUUUUCUUCAAUGGAGGCCAAAUGGGUCGACAGGGACAUAAUUGACCAGGAUCAGCUGCAGGCAGAGAACUCUAUCAACGCGGACACCGAGGAAGAAGAAGGCGGUGUCGGUGAAUCGGAGAAGGAGAAGAAGAAGAAGAAAGCUGUGCCACCGCCGCUAGGGAGACUGCCGCGAGGCGGCUCCAGUGGUGGUGCGGUGUCGCCGCUGUCUUGUCAAGCGGGGAGGGGGGGGGCUGACCCAAGUGAUGCCAAGAGGUCCCACCGCCGGCACAAGGUGUGUGAGGUUCAUUCCAAGGCACCCGUUGUGCUUGUUGCUGGGCUUAGGCAGCGGUUUUGUCAGCAAUGCAGCAGGUUCCAUGAGGUAUCUGAAUUUGAUGAAGCAAAAAGAAGCUGCCGCCGGCGGUUGGCUGGCCACAAUGAGAGGCGAAGGAAGAGCUCAGUUGAGUCAUGUCAUGGAGAAAGCUCAUCAACCCCAAAAACCUCAAAAUAGAAUUCCACGGCUUGCAAGCAAUUUUAUAUGAGAUCAUGAGAACGUUAUAUAAUAUAAUAUAUAUAUAUAUAUAUAUAUGUGCAUGUAA